CUACUACUACUACUACUACCACCACCAGUAACAAGUACGACUAUUAUCGCUGUCUCUAUAUAAUCGUCACUACCAUUACUACAACACAAACAACUGUGACUGUUAUAACCACAUCACUACCACCACCACCACCAUAACGAAACUUCAUCAAGUAUCACACUACACACUUUUUCUAACCUACUUUUAUUUUCUUGCGCUUUGUGACGAGGAGUGUUAAUUUAGUUUGCUGGUUGGUGUUCAGUUAUAAAAUACGCCCCCUAACAAUAGGAGUUAAACUUUAUAUCGUCUACAGCAGUUAAACUUAUAUCGUCUAUAACAGAUAUAUAUAUAAAAAGAAAUUAAUUUCAUUUAAUUAAACAGAGCAACAACACAUACAAGUAUUAACUAAGGUGAAAACUUUUUAUUAAGAAGGGUUAAGUGUCAAAAGAAGGGAAAAUGAUUCAUUACAGUUGCAUCUGUAGGGGAGAGACGAUUCUGUGCUCGCAGCUCAAAACGACGUCAAUGCAAAACUUUGAAAAUGUUGUUGCCGACAUGCUGCCUAAUAUCCCAACACACCAAAACAAGUCAAUGACAUACACAUCAGAUAAUUACUCAUUCCACUGUAAAGUAGAAAAUGGCAUUUUGUUUCUGUGUGUUGCAGACCCAAAUAUGGGAAAGCAAGGACCUCAUUCAUUCCUUUUAGAAAUCAAAAAUACAUUCCUGAAUGGUCGCUUGGCAGCUCGGGCAUCAUCCGCCUUCAGUCAUGAGUUUGAUCGAGAUUUUGGACAAGUACUUCAAAGAGAAAUGGAAACCUUUUCAAAACCCGGUGCUGGAAGUGGUAUCUCUCACCUCCAAAGUCAAGUAAAUGAAGUGAAAGGUAUUCUUACGCAGAACAUUGAAAAAGUACUGGAACGUGGAGACAGACUGGACGACUUGAUGGAUAAAACAUAUGAAUUAGAAGAGCAGUCCAUCAAAUUCCACAAGACGUCUCGUAGCAUAGCAAAGAAAUUCUGGUGGAAGAAUACCAAGAUGACCUGUCUGAUGGUCUGUGGUGUACUUAUACUGCUUACCAUCAUUAUUAUCAUUAUUCUCUAUUCUACCGGUGUAUUUUCAAGUUCUGAUAAUAGUUCUCCAAAGCCCACCACUGCUGCUCCUUAAGCAGAGACAAUUAAAACCACACACAGACGAAGAUUUGACAAGUUGCUCUGUAUAAAUAUAUUUUAUAUAUCUUACACAUAUAUAUAUUUCUAUGAUUCCGAAAAAUUUUUUCCCCCCUGUAUCAUCAGUCUGCUAUAAUUCCAUUUUUUUAAUCUUUUAUGUGUCAUCUCCCUUAUAAUUCCAUAUUUUUGUUUUAUGUCAUCAAGUUUUUAUAAGCCACCCCACCCAUCUAUUUUUUUUUUGUUGAUUUAGAUUUUGUUGGUGAAGAUGAUUUAUAUGAUGCUAAUGAAAAACAAUGAUGAUGAGGAGGAUUUGUAUGACUCUGUUGAAUAUAUGUGCAUCAUUAAAAUCAAUUAAAAUUUUAAUCAAUGUUUUAAAAUUCAUUGGACAUUCCUGGUGGUUACCCUCCCCACAUAUGUAGAUACGCCUGACGAAAAUAUUUGAUAAUGCUGUUUUGGAUUUAACUCAUUUUAAUUGAUCUACCCUCAUCCCCUACCUGCCACCCCACCAUAUUUUUGCUAAGGGUUCUUGCAUUGUGAUCUACAAUCUAUGAUGGACAACAUGUAAACUUGUACAACCAUUACAACAAAUUUGAUUUGGUAAACCGAUUUAACCGCUGGCAUCGUGGACUGAUUUUUAUAUGUUGAUUUGAUGAUUGAGAAUACCAGAUACUUUGGUCAAUGGAAUUACCUAAUCAUCAAAUCAUGGUGUAAAUGGCUGAGUAUUCCUCAGACUUUUGUCCCCUUUAUGUAAUCCCCAAACAAAAAUCAUUGUAAUACUAUGUGACAAAACUGGCCCUUUGAAUAAUAGGCAUGAUAAGCUUUCAUAGUUUUUGUCUCCCCUGUUUCAUUGAUAGGGCAUUGGGGUGAUGCAAAGCUGUCGUGGAAGAUACUGGGGAAUGAGAUGGUUUGGCACAGAUGUUUGCUGUCCGGUAUUUGGCAUCGUUGAUUUGAUGCUGACUUAUUUGACAUCAGGCUUUUCUAUGUUUCUUGUUUUAAUGGUUCUCUUAUUCUCUGUCUGUCUGUUUGUUUAUGUGUGUGUGUGCAUAUUUCUCUUUAUGUUAUGAGAAGAAAAAUGUUUGUGUCAUCUGUGUUCAAUUAAUAAAUCGUAAUGUCUCUCUUUCUCUGUGUGUGUAUAUAUAUAUAUAUAUAUAUAUAUAUUUCUGCAUGUGCAUGCUUGUGAGUGUGUUUGCCUCAGGUGCCAAAAAGUACUGUUGCCAAAAAGGUUCAAUGUCCAGUCAGCCGAUGCGAAAUUGCCAGCACCCAAACUGCUGCGCCCAAUCAUCUCGUACCAAAGUUAUCUAAGGGUCAGUGUUGGGAUCAAAUCUGAGACCUCUUUAUCACACAGCUGACAUUUCUAGACACACACACACACAAACACACACGUCAGUUGUCUACAGAAACUAUUCUUGUGUAAAGUUGCCAACUAACUUUUGUAAUAAAUUCUAUGAAAUUGAAAA